UCUGUUCACACGAAGGGAGCCGCGAAAGCGAGCAGUAGUACUCCGUGAGAAGAAUGGAAAUGUCCCUAAGUUUUGGAAUUUAACAAUGGCAAGGAUAUCUGAUCCAAGGAUCACUUAAAUUUGGCUCCCACCCGUGCAGUAGUGGAUGAUGCUGUAGAUGACGGCCUCGAUAACGGAGGAAAGGACAUUGGAUCAAUAGGAGCCAUUUCCACCCUUAUAUUUUCCCAGCCUGUUGUCCCUUAUUUUAGAGGAAGAGAGAACAACAAAAAAUAAAGCCAGACUAAGGACUUGCUGGAAAAGAGUCCUUUCCCCCAUUGCCCUCUCAGCCUUGCUUCUAGCCAGACCCAGAUAUGUGGCACUUCCCAAGGUCACUCACUUUCCCCCCUAACCUGGGGAAUCUGCUUCUUCUGGGGAUGCUGGUACUCCUAACAGGCCCAUCUCUCAGUGGAGGCCAACCUCAGCCCUUUAAAGUAUUCUCCCCUACUGAAUGGGGGCUGACACACCUAGCCAUCCACAGCAAGACGGGAGAAGUUUAUGUGGGCGCCGUCAACUGGAUCUUCAAGUUGUCCAGCAACCUCACCAAGCUUCGUAACCACAUGACGGGACCAGUGGUGGACAACGAGAAAUGCUACCCUCCACCAAGUGUCCAGUCCUGCCCACAUGAGUUGGCCCAGACCAGCAAUGUCAACAAGCUCUUGCUCAUUGACUAUGCUCAGAACCGUCUUAUUGCUUGCGGAAGUACCUCCCAAGGAAUCUGCCAGUUUUUGCGUUUAGAUGACCUAUUUAAGCUUGGGGAACCGCACCACCGCAAGGAGCACUACCUUUCAAGUGUAGCAGAGUCAGGAACCAUGUCUGGAGUCAUCAUCUCCUCCUCUCAUGGCCCUCCCAGCAAGCUCUUCAUCGGGACUCCCAUUGAUGGAAAGUCAGAGUACUUCCCCACCCUCUCCAGCCGCAAGCUGAUGGAAAAUGAGGAGAACGCUGACAUGUUCAGCUUCGUCUACCAAGAUGAAUUUGUUUCCUCUCAGCUGAAGAUCCCGUCGGACACACUUUCCAAAUUCCCAGCCUUUGACAUCUACUACAUCUACAGUUUCAGCAGUGAACAGUUUGUAUACUACCUCACUAUGCAGCUGGACACACAACUUACUUCACCAGACGCCAGCGGUGAACAGUUCUUCACCUCCAAGAUUGUACGCUUGUGUGUGGAUGACCCUAAGUUCUACUCCUAUGUGGAAUUCCCCAUUGGCUGUACCAAAGAUGGCGUGGAAUACCGCUUGGUACAGGAUGCCUAUCUGGCCAGACCAGGCCGGCAGUUGGCCAACUCUUUGGGAAUCUCAGAAAAUGAAGACAUCCUAUUCACAGUUUUCUCCCAGGGGCAGAAAAAUCGGGCCAAGCCACCGAAGGAGUCGGCCCUCUGCCUCUUCACAUUGCGCAAGAUCAAGGAGAAGAUCAAGGAGCGCAUUCAGUCCUGCUACAAAGGAGAUGGGAAACUGUCACUGCCCUGGCUGCUCAACAAGGAACUGGCCUGUAUCAAUUCGCCGCUCCAAAUUGAUGACAACUUCUGUGGCCAGGACUUCAACCAACCGCUUGGCGGGACCAGCACCAUCGAGGGUACCCCACUCUUCAUCGAUAAGGACGAUGGCAUGACCUCAGUGGCUGCUUACAAUUACCGUGGCAACACUGUGGCCUUUGUUGGCACACGCAAUGGCAAAAUGAAGAAGAUCCUGGUGAAUUCGGUGAGUCCCAAUCGGCCCGCCCUGCUGUACGAGAACGUGUCGGUCAGUGACGGCAGCCCCAUCCUCCGAGACAUGCUUUUUAGCCCUGACCAGCAGCACAUCUACACGCUCACGGAAAAGCAGGUGACCAUGGUACCAGUGGAGAGUUGUGAGCAGUACACCACCUGUGGGGAGUGCCUGGGUUCCCGGGAUCCCCACUGCGGCUGGUGUGUCCUCCACAACAUUUGUUCCCGGAAGGACAGCUGUGAGAGAGCUAGCGAGCCCCAGCGGUUUGCUUUAGACCAGCGCCAGUGUGUGGAACUCAGUGUACAGCCCCAGAACAUCUCCGUCACCAUGUCCGAAGUCCAGCUGGUGCUGCAAGCACGCAACGUGCCCGACCUAGCGGCUGGCGUCAACUGCUCCUUUGAGGAUUACGUGGAGACGGAGGGCCGCAUCCAGGGGGGCCAUGUCUACUGCCUCUCGCCUUCCGCCCGCGAUGUCAUCCCCAUCACGCGCAAUAAAGGAGACAAGAGGGCGGUGAAGCUGUACCUAAAGUCCAAGGAGACAGGGAAGAAAUUUGCCAGUGUGGACUUCGUCUUCUAUAACUGCAGUGUACACGCCUCGUGCCUCUCAUGCGUGAACGGCUCAUUCCCAUGUCACUGGUGCAAGUACCGCCACAUGUGCACCCAGAACGCCAAUGACUGCUCCUUCCAGGAAGGCCGGGUUAACGUGUCCGAGGACUGCCCCCAGAUCCUGCCCUCCACCCAGAUCUACAUCCCAGUAGGCGUGACUAAGCCCAUUACGUUGGCAGCCAAGAACCUGCCGCAGCCUCAGUCUGGCCAGAGGAACUACGAGUGUGUGUUCCACGUGCAGGGCGAGGUGUACAGCGUCACCGCGCUGCGUUUCAACAGCACCAGCAUCCAGUGCCAAAAGACCUCGUAUAACUAUGAGGGCAACGACAUCAGCGACCUGCCGGUGGACCUGUCUGUAGUGUGGAAUGGCAACUUUGUCAUCGAUAACCCCUAUAACAUCCAAGCUCACCUCUACAAGUGCUACGCCCUGAGGGACAGCUGCGGUAUGUGCCUGAAGGCCGACCCCCGUUUUGAGUGUGGCUGGUGCGUCCAAGAGAAGAAGUGCUCGCUGCGCCAGGAGUGCACGCCCCCCGAAACCAGCUGGAUGCACGCCACCGCCGGCAACAGCCGCUGUGCCCACCCCAAGAUCACCAAGCUGUUCCCAGAGACAGGGCCCAGACAGGGAGGUACCAUGUUGACCAUCACAGGAGAGAACCUGGGCCUGCAGUUCAAGGACAUCCAGACGGGGGUUCGCAUCGGCAAGGUCGCCUGUAAUCCUGUGGAGGAGCAGUACUUAAGUGCUGAGCAGAUUGUGUGUAAGCUGAAUGACGCAACAGGUUACAGAGUUCAGGAAGCUCAUGUUGAGGUGUGUGUGAGGGACUGCACACACCUGGACUACAAAGCCAUUUCCCCGAAGGCUUUCACAUUUGUGUCUCCAUAUUUCAUGCGAGUGCAGCCCUCCAACGGCCCCCUCUCCGGGGGCACCAGGAUCACCAUUGAGGGGAGCCACCUCAACGCAGGAAGCGCUGUGAUGGUCAAGAUAGGACUCCAUCCUUGCCACUUUGAGAGACGGACCGCCAGGGAGAUAGUGUGUGUGACGCCUACGGGCCAGACCACAGGCAACACCCCGGUCAUGGUUGACAUCAAUGCCGCCGAGCUGCGUAACCCCGAGGUCAAGUUCAACUACACGGACGACCCCACCAUCCUCAAGAUUGAACCUGACUGGAGCAUCGCCAGUGGUGGAACUCUCUUGACCAUCACUGGCACCAACCUGGCAACCAUCAAAGAGCCAAAGAUGAGAGCCAAAUAUGGGGGAGCCAAGUCUGUCAAUAACUGCACAGUGCUGAACAACACAGUCAUGGUCUGCCUGGCGCCCUCUGUGGCCGGCUCAGAGAAGGGCUUCUACGAGGCAGGCAGCAGCCCUGACGAGAUUGGCUUCAUCAUGGACGACGUGCGCUCCACUCUGGUGGUCAACGAGACCUUCAGCUUCUACCCCGACCCUGUGUUUGAGCCCCUCAGCCUCUCCGGUAUAAUGGAGCUAAAACCUGGCUCUCCACUUAUCCUCAAGGGAAAGAACUUGAUCCCGGCGGCUCCGGGGAACUCCAGGCUGAACUAUACCGUGUUGAUUGGGGACACACCCUGUGCCCUCACCCUGUCUGAAAGCCAGCUGCUCUGUGAAUGGCCCAACCUGACUGGAGAACACAAAGUCACCGUAAAAGUGGGGGGCUUUGAGCACUCUCCCGGGACACUCCAGAUCUACUCUGACAGUCUCCUCACCCUACCUGCCAUCAUUGGCAUUGGAGGUGGUGGCGGCCUUCUCCUACUGGUCAUUAUUGUGGUGCUCAUAGCCUAUAAGAGGAAGUCGCGGGAUGCCGACCGCACCCUUAAGCGCCUGCAGCUUCAGAUGGACAACCUGGAGUCCAGGGUGGCCCUGGAGUGCAAGGAGGCAUUUGCUGAGCUGCAGACAGAUAUCCACGAGCUGACCCAGGAGUUAGACGGAGCUGGCAUCCCGUUCCUGGACUACCGCACCUACGCCAUGAGGGUCCUCUUCCCUGGCAUUGAGGACCACCCCGUGCUCAAGGAGAUGGAGGUACGGGUCCAGGCCAACGUGGAGAAGGCACUAACGCUGUUCGGCCAGCUCCUCACCAAGAAGCACUUCCUGCUCACCUUCAUCCGCACGCUGGAGGCCCAGCGCUCCUUCUCCAUGCGCGACCGCGGCAAUGUGGCGUCCCUCAUCAUGACGGCACUGCAGGGCGAGAUGGAGUACGCCACGGGGGUCCUCAAACAGCUGCUCUCCGACCUCAUCGACAAGAACCUGGAGAGCAAGAACCACCCCAAGCUACUCCUUAGAAGGACUGAGUCAGUGGCUGAGAAGAUGCUCACCAACUGGUUCACCUUCCUCCUGUACAAGUUCCUCAAGGAGUGUGCCGGGGAGCCUCUGUUCAUGCUCUACUGUGCCAUGAAGCAGCAGAUGGAGAAGGGUCCUAUAGACGCCAUCACCGGAGAGGCCCGUUACUCCCUCAGCGAGGACAAGCUCAUCAGGCAACAGAUCGACUACAAGACCCUGACCCUCCACUGUGUGAAUCCGGAGAAUGAGAACGCCCCAGAGGUGACCGUCAAGGGCCUGAACUGUGACACCAUCACCCAGGUGAAGGAGAAGCUACUCGAUGCCGUCUACAAAGGCAGCCCUUACUCCCAGAGACCCAAGGCUGCAGACAUGGACCUGGAGUGGCGCCAAGGUCGAAUGGCACGCAUCAUCCUGCAGGACGAAGACGUCACCACCAAGAUAGACAACGACUGGAAGAGACUCAACACCCUCGCUCACUACCAGGUGACGGAUGGCUCAGUGAUCGCUCUGGUGCCUAAACAGAACUCUGCCUACAACAUCUCCAACUCCUCAACGUUUACAAAGUCACUCAGCAGAUAUGAGAGCAUGUUGCGAACUGCCAGCAGUCCAGACAGCCUUCGUUCUCGCACGCCCAUGAUCACGCCAGACCUGGAGAGUGGCACCAAGCUGUGGCACCUGGUCAAGAACCACGACCACACAGACCCGCGCGAGGGCGACCGCGGCAGCAAGAUGGUCUCCGAGAUCUACCUGACACGCCUGCUGGCCACCAAGGGUACACUACAGAAGUUUGUAGACGACCUCUUCGAGACCAUCUUCAGCACGGCGCACAGAGGCAGCGCCCUGCCUCUCGCCAUCAAGUAUAUGUUUGACUUCCUGGAUGAGCAGGCGGACAAACACAGCAUAACGGACGCUGACGUGAGGCACACAUGGAAGAGCAACUGUCUUCCUCUGAGGUUCUGGGUGAACGUGAUCAAGAACCCCCAGUUUGUAUUUGACAUCCACAAGAACAGCAUAACGGACGCCUGCCUGUCUGUGGUGGCCCAGACCUUCAUGGACUCCUGCUCCACCUCAGAGCACAAGCUGGGGAAGGACUCACCAUCCAACAAGCUGCUCUACGCUAAAGACAUUCCCAACUACAAGAACUGGGUGGAGAGGUACUACUCAGACAUCUCACGGAUGCAGGCCAUCAGUGACCAGGACAUGAGCGCCUACCUGGCCGAGCAGUCUCGUCUGCACCUCAGCCAGUUCAACAGCAUGAGCGCCCUCCACGAGAUCUACUCCUACAUUGUCAAGUACAAGGAUGAGAUCCUGUCCGCUCUAGAACGAGAUGAGCAGGCACGGCGGCAGAGACUGAGGAGCAAGCUGGAGCAGGUCAUUGACACAAUGGCCCUUGCCAGCUGAGUAAAGACCACCACUUCCUCCUCAUCUUCUUCCUCCUCUGCCACCUCUCCCCUCUCCAUUACUCUUUCUCCCCUUGCUUUCCUCACCCAGAGAUAAAGAUUAACUCUGUAAACCACCCUCCCCCUCAUCAAACACCAUGAAUGAACUGCAAGAGGACUGAAGCAGUAUACUGCAACCUGGGGGAUUCGGCAGAGUUGGGCGGACCUAUAUGUGUGUUUGUGUAUUGUUGUGUGUGCGGGCUCUUAAAAUGUGUGUAUCUGUGUCAAGGACUGGAGACACUGGACAUUAUUAUACACACGCACAUGACACCGCAGCACUGGAAACCAUUUCGAUUAUCGUCGCUGUAGUCUUCUUUUCUUAUUAUUAUUUUUUGGUUAGCCAAUUAUUACUGUGUUGACGCUAGUGUGUCCUGGAUUUCUGGGAUUAUAACACAAAAGGAACUCCCAUUUUUGGCAUCAUGAACUGGAUGGAACGUGUCAGGACAUUGGACCAUCAGCUUUGAGCCAAUAGAGCGAGUUUCUUCGGGUUACCUGACUCUGUAAGGGGUCAACGUUAAAUAAACUUGAUGUUUUUUUUGUUUUUGUUUUAUGUUAUCAACUGCCCACACUCUCUGAUCUAUCACCACUUGUGUUACUGCUGAAUUUGCACAAUUUACAGAAAAACGUUAAAAAGGAAGACUAUAUAGAUAUUAUAUAUAAAUACUACUACAUUUUUUAAAGAAACAAAUAAUGGGGUUAAAUUGUGACAUCAAUUUUAACCAACCAACACAAUGAAGAAAACAUUUACACAAAACUUGAUUUGAUAUUUCAAGCAAAAACUGACCAUAGGAAGGAAAGAAAAGAUGAAAAAUCGAAUAAAAAAAGUUGUCCUGUGCCAUGUUUAAUUUGAAUGUUGUUUAGUGCAAAGACCUUAUGUUAGAUGGAAUGUGCUACCGUAUGAUUUAAAAUAUGAACAUGCCUAGUGACUGAAAAUAAUUGUUUUGAAUAAUUACACAUCAAAAUAUCCAGGAGGCAAGACAUCAUUUCUGUCAUUCUAAUCAUAUAGUUGCUGUGAUCGUUUUUCAUUCAAGAGAACCAAACUGACAUUUACAGGAUUGUCGCUUUUUUGUAGCCACUUCAAUCUGGCAUCAAGGCUUGAUAAUUUGAUGACUUCAGAUUCUGACAGUUUGUCUGUGGGGAAUGGUGGCUGACCAAUCGAGCCCACAGCACUUACUUGAAGCAAUAUCCACUGGUAUAAUCCCCACCUGUUAGCUACACCUGAUUGGCCUACCUUGGACCAGUGCCGAAGAGGGUCAUGAAUGAACACGUUUCCUUUCCCCAAAAAUUUAAGAUGACCUUAAAGUCACUUACCUUGAAUCUUUGAUUUGUCAUGCAUUGCCCUAUCUACUCCUAACUCUUCUCUGGUUCCACACCAAUUUAUCUCCAGAGCCUGCAACAACACAAGCCAAAGUCUCAACAGUUUCAGAUUCGUCUCAGCUCCUCAUAGUGGUUCACUAAUGGGGUCAGGUGGGGCUUUGCUAAGCCUCUCUGUGUGAAAUAAAGUAGGGAAAGCCGUUUUCGGCUCUAGGGUCUUCUUUCCCAGCUCUGGCAAUGCUAUUAUGUAGAUAGCAAGGCAAGGUGACGAUGAUACACCAAGGGCUUCUCUCAACCCCCUUAACCUGGUGAUACGAGAAAGCUUUAACCCAUAGGGUGGGUAGAAGUAGGGAAAAGUGAGGGUUAGGCAUAUAAAUUCAUUUGCAACACAAGGCUAAAUAAUCUCCCUUAGCCUCUACCCCCUGUUUCACAACAAGCCUAUUGCCAUGUGUGGCUUAAGAUUUUUAUUACUUCUCUCCUACGUGGAUUAUUCUUUUUCUUUUUUUGAAGUGUUGAGUCCUGGUUUGACUUUUGAGGUGAGAAACUUUUUCUUUUUCUUUUAUUAUUAUUAUUAUUAUUAUUUGUCUCUGCUUGCCGAAAACCAAACUGUGGUCUGCAUUUAGUUUUUGUUGAUGUUUUAUUUGUAAAUUGUAUACUUGGUAAUUUUUUCAUGAUGAACAAGCUAUUUGCAUUUUUUUUGUAUUCAGGUUGAUUUUUUAAUUAGAUUUUGUUUGUGUCUCUCUCUCUCAAUGUUGUAAAUUGUACAAUACGGUACACAGAAGAUGAAUUUUCUUUGGUUGUCUGAAGUUGAAGUACUUGACCGAUCUAAAAGUUUAUUUUGAAAUCUUGAGGAUCAAUGAAAAUGUUGCAUCAAAUAAUCAUCUUGUGUCUUUUGUGAAAACGUGACUUGCUGCUUUUAUUCUGUACCUUGUUUCAGUCUAACUUUAGGGCUGUCAAUUUGCGCUAAUCAUUAAUGCUGUUUUUAUUCAUGAUGUGCCAUACUCUCAAAACAAACCACUGCACGUAAAAGCAGAACGCCCCUGAGUAGUCAUCUUCCUCAAGUUGUUCAAAUUGUGUUUAAGGCUCGAUAUUGUUGUACUCAACUAACACACCCCUCAUAGCUUCCUUUUGGGCAUUUCAGAAGAAAAGAGUCAGGGACCACUCUUCUGCUGGCCUGCUUGGGUGGCCAAAACACUUUGAAUAGGGUUUCUUCUUCAGCAACAUUGGGUCUGACCUAUUGGUGAGAGGCCAUUACACAUGGCUCAAAUUUUGAUGGAAUCUCCAUAUUUAACGAUACAAAAUAAGUUACAAACUGCUUUGUAGGGGUUUUUUCCCCUGAGUUGAUGGCUUCUGGGAUUUUGCUGAAACCUGUUUCUUCUGGUGCUCUUGGAUGAAAAAGAUAGAUGGCUACUAAAGCAUAGGCUCAGUGAUUUUGUUAAUAGUUGGUAAAAAUGAUUUGCCGUAUAUGUUUGGGGCCAAAACACCUUCAUCAUAGUAUAAAACUGUACGACUGUGUCAAAUUGUGUAGUUCCUUCAUCAGCUUGAGGCCUAAUUGUGACUUUAACAUUAGUCAUGUAUUGAUUUGUGUGAAAUUUGCCAGUCACACCUCAAGUGGAAGGUCCUUUGGGAUUAUGCCCCUCAGUCUGUUUAUGACACCAUUGACUGCAUUCUCAGGACUCUUGGAGUUUUCAGUCUCACGUUCUGAUUACUUGCAGCUCUGUUUUAACUGAUUGGGGUGGGUGACGGAAGGGGUGGAAGGGGGGAGGGGAGGCUUGGCUUGUUUUACUUUUUGCAUGACUGCUUAUGUUUUUCGAUCAGUCUGCUUGGCAAGCCUCCGUAGCAAGACUUCCCUGGUUUCUUUCCCCCCCAAUAUCUUUUGAUUUGUCACGUUUAAAUAUAUGGUGAUUGACUUGUGUUUAUUGUGUUUGAAAGUGGUACAAUGUACAGCAUGUCAAAUUGGGUGUCAUGACAGCCAUUUGUUGUGAUCAGGAAAACAUGAACAUUUAGCCUAUGUAAGUCUAUCAAAGGAACAGCAUAGUACCCGUCAAAAUGGGUAAUGUCUGUUCAAUUCCAACCGCACACUGUUAUGAAGACUUUUAAAAAGAUUUGAAUUUGGUGGACAAUCCCAUGUCAAACAUGCUGAAAUGUGUCUGCCAGAGGAGAAAAGAGCAGAUAACCUCUUUGUGUCUUUUAUGGUCCACUACAUAUAAUCUCUAUCUUCCAUAUUAGGGUGCCAAAUCUCCCCCAAAUUAAAAUAGUAUAUCCAAUCCUGCUGAAUCAUACAAGCCCUUUUUUGAUCUGUUUUAGUUCUAGCAUUAUUCUGUUGUCUUUCAGUUAUGGAAGAUUUAGUAGCUUUUCUCCAUAAAACUGCAGCAGAUCCAAGAAAGUAAAAGCAAAUCAAUUUCCAACAAAAUUAGCUAAUAAGUUUUAAUAUAGUACAACAAUU